AUGAGAGUGCUCUGUGCCUUCCCUGAAGCCAUGUCCUCCAGCAACUCCCGCCCCUCAGCGUGCCUAGCCCCGGUGGCUCUCUACUUGGCUCUGUUGCUCCAACUCUCCCUUUCCUCCCAAGCUGGAGACAGGAGACCCUUGCCUGUAGACAGAGCUGCAGGUUUGAAGGAAAAGACCCUGAUUCUACUUGAUGUGAGCACCAAGAACCCAGUCAGGACAGUCAAUGAGAACUUCCUCUCUCUGCAGCUGGAUCCCUCCAUCAUUCAUGAUGGCUGGCUCGAUUUCUUAAGCUCCAAGCGUCUGGUGACCUUGGCCCGGGGACUUUCGCCCGCCUUUCUUCGCUUCGGGGGCAAAAGGACCGACUUUCUGCAGUUCCAGAACCUGAGGAACCCGGCGAAAAGCCGCGGGGGCCCGGGCCCGGAUUACUAUCUCAAAAACUAUGAGGAUGACAUUGUUCGAAGUGAUGUUGCCUUGGAUAAACAGAAAGGCUGCAAGAUUGCUCAGCACCCUGAUAUUAUGCUGGAGCUUCAAAGAGAGAAGGCAGCUCAGAUGCAACUGGUUCUUCUAAAGGAGCAAUUCUCCAACACUUACAGUAAUCUCAUAUUAACAGAGCCAAAUAACUAUCGGACCAUGCAUGGCCGGGCAGUAAAUGGCAGCCAGUUGGGAAAAGAUUACAUCCAACUGAAAAGCUUGUUACAACCCAUCCGGAUUUAUUCCAGAGCCAGCUUAUAUGGCCCUAAUAUUGGGCGGCCCAGGAAGAACGUCAUUGCUCUCCUAGAUGGAUUCAUGAAGGUGGCAGGAAGCACAGUGGAUGCAGUUACCUGGCAACAUUGCUACAUUGAUGGCCGGGUGGUCAAAGUGAUGGACUUCCUGAAAACUCGUCUAUUAGACACACUCUCUGACCAGAUUAGAAAAAUUCAGAAAGUGGUUAAUACAUACACUCCAGGAAAGAAGAUUUGGCUUGAAGGUGUAGUGACCACCUCAGCUGGAGGCACAAAUAAUCUAUCGGAUUCCUAUGCUGCAGGAUUCUUAUGGCUGAAUACUUUAGGAAUGCUGGCCAAUCAGGGCAUUGAUGUUGUGAUACGGCACUCGUUUUUUGACCAUGGAUACAAUCACCUGGUGGACCAGAAUUUUAACCCAUUACCAGACUACUGGCUCUCGCUACUUUACAAGCGCUUGAUUGGCCCCAAAGUCUUGGCAGUGCAUGUGGCUGGGCUCCAGAGGAAGCCACGGCCCGGCCGAGUGAUCCGGGACAAACUAAGGAUUUAUGCUCACUGCACAAACCACCACAACCACAACUAUGUUCGAGGCUCCAUUACACUUUUCAUCAUCAACUUGCAUCGAUCAAGAAAGAAAAUCAAACUGGCUGGGACUCUCAGGAACAAGCUUGUGCACCAGUAUCUGCUGCAGCCUUAUGGGCAGGAGGGCCUGAAGUCCAAGUCAGUGCAGCUGAAUGGCCAGCCCUUAGUGAUGGUGGACGACGGCACCCUCCCAGAAUUGAAGCCUCGCCCCCUGCGGGCAGGCAGGACAUUGGUCAUCCCUCCAGUCACCAUGGGCUUUUAUGUGGUCAAGAAUGUCAACGCUUUGGCCUGCCGCUAUCGAUAAACCACCAUCCACAAGCUACCAGUGGGCCUGCUGGACAGCUUUCUACUCUUCCACCCUAACAGUAUCUUUAUUUUUCAAACAUUUUAGCAACCAGCCUCUGCUGCCCCAUCCUUCUGGAGUCAACAUAGACUUGCUGUCCAAAGAGACUAAAUAUCAUAGUAUGAGCUUAGCCUAGGUAGGUCACACCCAUUCCAAAGGAAAAUAUAGACAUCAUCUGUACUUAUACAAGGAUAAAAAUUUGUGUCUAUAGUUGUACGUUUCCUUUGCAUUCACCAUGAAAAAAGGCUGAUGGCACACUCCCAGGACAAAAGUUUCCAAGCAAUUCCCCGUGAUCCCGCUUGCACAGUGCUAUAAUUACAAACCCUAAAUCUUAGCCUGUUCCUGCUGCCCUCAGCAGAAGAUUAGGAAAGAAAAGUCUGGAAAAACCUGCAAGAACACAAUCCCUUUCUAACUCCUCCUUUGUCUGUUUCCUGCUGCUGUCCUGGGUUUCCUGACACCUCUCUUCCCAUAGGGGAACAAAUGGGUGAGUCAGCUCUGGCCCACUGGGUGAGCUGUUUAUGUAAUUUCCUGGUUGAUGUAUGUGUGUGUGCAUCUGGGUUUCUGACAGUGGCAUCCAUCACUGGUUAUUCCUCUGGGAAGCGGGUGCUUCAAAAGUAGAAUUACAAUCAUACUCCAGAUUUUGUAAGAAGAUUCUACUCCUCUGUGAAUUUUGAUUCCCCCAGGCUUGGAAUGGAAGUCAGGUAACAAUAUUCAUUGAGUAGAGAGAGAACAAUGUAUUAGACACCAUAAAAAGCAAUCAUCAUCCUUCAUGUUGCCAAAGGGAAAGAGUUGUAAUACAAAGAAAAAGUGUAUGGGAGAGAGAGAGAGAGAGAGAGAGAGAGAACAUCAACUAAAUAAAGCAAAUUAAACCUGCCCCCAAAUCAGAGAAUACUAAGGGCUUGAAAAGGUAAGCCCUUAUGUUUGGCUGACCAAAACCCAUUUAGAACAAGAAAGUGUGACUCAAAAGUCAUUCCUGUAAAACAUAACUGAAUCUAACCUUUCUGCCUCUCCCCAUGUAGCUGUGCUUCUCAGUGACAUUUACUGGGCAGAAAUCUAGUCUGGUCAUUAAAGAGGACCAGGUCCAUUCUCUCCCAGUCCUACUUAAUUGAGCAUAUAACAAGCUUUCAGGGAGACUUACUGAGGAAGAAAGUGGAAUCUGGAGAAAAGGGAUGGCAAAACUGUGGAAUAGUAGUGGGAAGCUUCUGAGUUGGGCAGGGAGAAAAGGGAGUGAUUUAAAGUUCAUGACGAGGAUCUUCAUGAUUCCUGAGGUAUGUAAUUCCUUGCAAACAAGCUGUGACUGUAAUGACUUUCUUGUCCUUCUCAGAAUAAAUGAUAGGAAUGAUUUUUUUAAGGAGGAAAUACUUGAUAUAACUAAAGGUUCCAGUUAGCAUAAUGGUUCAACCUCUCCUGCUGUGAAAUGAUAGAAAUGGGGUGAGGGUAGAGUUGCUGAGGACUGCACCAGAGAGACUGCCUAUGAUGCCUAAGGAGUGAAGAUCUGGGCCGGGUCUGCAAAGUGAAAAACAGGAGGAAGAUUAGAUAAGCAAGGCAGUAUAAUAUGCUCAGCGUGGAGAACUGGGAAUUUGGGAGGCAGAAGCCAACUAGCUACUUUUAUAUUUAAAGUAGUAGACUCAAUUUUUGACAUCUUUAUUAAUAGGUAAAGGAGGAAGAGCACUCAGGAGGUAUACUAGAGUGAGAGAACGACAGAUUGAGGUUGGACUGGACCUGGUCAGUGGCUGUGUUCAGCUUAGAAGCAUCUGGAAAGAAAGGAACAGAGCCUGAGACUGCCCUCCACCCUUCAAGGUUCCCCAGGAAAGCCUCCUCCUCCAGGACAAAGCACCUUGUGUCAAAGUUUCUGCUCUGAGAGGGCAAGAAAGGGAAGUGCCAACACUAGGGUAGGAAGGAGAGAAGAAGGAACAGAUGCACAGGCCAAAAUAAGGAAAAGCAGGGAAAAGAGAAAUAAGAGAGAAAAGUCUCUUUCUGCAGAUAAGAGUCAAACUCUGCAGAUAUCAAAAACCCUUCUGUAUUCCAAUGAAGGUUCAGCUUCAGAACAAGGUAACCAGAGGUCCCUAAUGGCAAGAUACUGGACUAGCUUGCUUGCAUCCAGAGAAGCCCCAUGAUGAAAUUACCAUUGUCAUCCUCAUUUUUCCUAAGAAGCAUGGAGAGGAACUUUAGCUUGCCCAUAGUCAUCCAGGGGAGUGGGUGGCAGACUGAAGAAUAAUCUGGAGCCUCCAUGCUUAGUCACCAAAGUCAGUAGCCACCCAAGUCGCAGAUUUGCCCCCUUCACUUCCUGAUAGUUUCUACUCACUCAGUACUGCCAGGACUUCCAGAACUCCAUCCAAACACUUUCUGUAAAUAAGUAUUGAUUUCACUAAGCCUUGCAGGAUAUAGGUAAUUCCUGCUUCUUUUGUCUUCUUCUGUGUGUGUAUUAAAUGCUGCACCCAAGAGGUUUAAGUUUUGCUUAUUUUUUAGUUAAUAAAAGGGAAAGAAGAAACACUGAACUUUAUCCUUGUAGUCUCGCCUUUCUAACUUUCCAACUAUCUCAUGGAAGAAGUAUUUGUAUUGCUCAAAGUACACCAAGAAACUCAGUAUAACAUCAUAUUCCAUAGAGAUUUUAGCACCUUUCAUGGGAGGAAGGUGGAGGUAGAAUGAGAAGAGUAGUUACUAAAUCAGUGGGGGUUGUUCUUUACAGGGAAUUCCCGUCACUCUUCCCAAAGACUGACAGGCACAGCAUCACAGCAUGUGAGCAGUGUGGUAGGCCAGCCUGAGAUAAAAAAGCAAAGACCUCAUUCACUAGCAUCCCCAGGUCAGAGUUUUCCUUCUUCAAGCAAGAUAUGUCUGGCCAAGAUCAUAUGAGACUUAAGAGCCGAGCUUGUGGACAUACAUUUUGAGAGAAUAAUACUGUGCUUUUUGUUGAGAUAGUUUUCUGUUACUCCCGCCUCUAGGAAUGAUUUUCGUGCUCAUUUCUUGUUACAAGGCUCAGAGUAAAUUCUCAUUGUUAUUUGAAAAAAAUUUUUAAAAGGUUUCCCAUUCUUCCAGUACCCUGAGAAAAGCUGCAAAUAUGAGAUAUUAGCAUUAUCUCUGGCUGGAGAAAAACAUGCAAAUAUCAGAACUGUGCUAUUGUGAGACGGGUCUGGGACUCCCAGCACAACUCCUUCUGCAGCCUCAGCCCCUCCAUGCAAGCAUUUUGGGAAGUCCCAAGGCAGAUGAACCCAGAGCCCCACACAAUCAAAUAGGACAGGGGUGCUGUAUGGAUUCUGCCUGGAAGUCUCCCACUCAUUCCCAGCCAAGCUAUUAACCACCAGCACGCAGCAUGGCUGGGGUCAGACCUGGUCAGACCUGG